CGACUUUUCGAUCUGCAAAGAUCAACGGUCCCAAUUUACUAGCCGUUGGUUUUAAAAUUGCGGACGACCAUGUGCGGACAUAUAUCCGCCGAUUCCUCUCAAUUUCGCUCAUACAAUUCGUUCGUGUUUUUUUGUUUUCUUUUUUUUUUUCUUUCUUUCUUUCUUUCUUUCUUAUUAACCCGGAACCCAAAGAAACAGACGAGGCCACAGAGAGUGACAGUGAAAGCGUGACGCUCUGAGAGAGAGAAGAGAUCGCUCCAGGUUUUGAUGGAGUAUUUCUGAUUGGUCUCUCUCUCUUAUCCAAGUUGAAGAUCGCAGCCACGGCUCCCAAAAUCAUUCCAAUCGGGAAUCCUACCCAGGUUAAAUCGUAACUGAACUGGCGAAGGGAAUUCGUGUUAUUACCGUCUGUGAAAUGGCUAGAUCGGACGAGAACAAUCCGGGCGUGAUUGGACCAGCGAAUAUUCAAGUGGGACUGCCUGGUGGAGGUGGGAAAUUGGCGUUGGAGAUGGGACACAACCGGAGAGUGUUGGGCGACAUCAAUCUGAAUGUAAUCGGACCUCCUCAUGGCCAUUGUGCAGUCAACAAGAGAAGAGUUUCAGACAACCAAACGGAUAGCCUUAAUAAGGUUCUUCGCCUUUCAACGAAUGCUGUCUGCGAUAAAAAUCCACCCAUUCCAGUGAAUCGACGAAUUACUAGGAAGCUUGCUGCUCAGAUGGCUAACAACAAGCAGCAACUUAUACCCAAGCAGGAAACUGAGAAACCUGUCCAUCUGAUCCCUAACCCAAGUGAAUCUGAAGACUGUACCAUCAUAGACGCUGAAGACGAUGAGGAAAGUGGUGACGUGCCAAUGUUUGUGCAACACACUGAAUCAAUGAUGGAAGAGAUUGAUCAAAUGCAGAAGGAAGUUGAAAUGGAAGAUCUAACUGAGGAGCCCGUUCUGGACAUAGACAGCCCUGAUAAGAAGAAUCAGCUCGCAGUUGUGGAGUAUAUUGACGAUCUACAUACCUACUACAAGAAAGUAGAGAGUUCUGGCUGUGUACCACCAAACUACAUGGCAAUAAUACAAUCAGAUAUUAAUGACAAAAUGAGAGGUAUUCUGAUUGACUGGUUGAUUGAGGUUCACUACAAGUUUGAACUAAUGGAUGAGACAUUGUACCUUAGUGUCAACUUGAUCGAUAGAUUCUUAGCAAAACAACCUGUGGUAAGGAAGAAACUUCAACUUGUUGGGGUGACAGCAAUGCUUCUAUCAAGCAAGUACGAAGAAGUUUCGGUUCCUGUAGUGGAGGACCUCAUUUUGAUUUCUGACAAGGCUUAUAGCAGAAAAGAUGUGCUUGAUAUGGAGAAGUUGAUGAUCAAUACUCUACAGUUUAAUCUAUCAGUUCCAACGGCAUAUGUGUUUAUGAGAAGGUUUCUUAAAGCUGCUGAAUCUGACAAGAAGCUUGAGCUUCUGUCGUUCUUCAUGAUUGAGCUGUGCCUGGUUGAAUAUCAAAUGCUCAAGUUUCCACCUUCCUUAUUAGCUGCGGCCGCAAUUUACACAGCUCAAUGUACUAUCAGUGGGUUUAAGCAGUGGAGCAAGACAAGUGAAUGGCACAGCGGGUAUUCUCAGGAGCAGCUCUUAGAAUGUUCAAGGCUGAUGGUUGCUUUCCAUCAGAAAGCAGGGACAGGGAAGCUUACAGGUGUUCAUAGAAAGUACAGUACAUCAAAAUAUGGCUAUGCUGCAAAAAUACAACCUCGCAAUCUUCUCUUGGAGGCCAGGGGCGGCUGGGGAUCUGACUUUUUCUAACUAGGCUAAUUGUUGAGGAAUUGGGUUUGGGGGGUGUGUAAUUAAGCAACAUAAGUUGCCCCUGGGGAGCAAAAUAUGUACCGAAUUUGAUUUUUUAUUGCGGUUUUGAAAACAUUGUAAGGCUUUCUUUUCUUUUUUUUUUAAUCAUUUUCCUUGUCUGUAGAGGAAAAUAAUUAUGGGUUCUUUCUAGAAACCACUUUUAGGAAAUCCAUAUUGAAUUCAUCUGAAUUUAUGUUUAAACGAGGUGGAGUUUUUCUCUUCUUUUAAGCCCACAACACUUUCCCUUCAUACUUUAAAUAAAGGGCUUUGGAAUCUCAAAUGGUCUUUCCUCUUAUA